UUUUUUUGGUUGCUCCUAACGUAUUUAUCUGUCUGGCAUCUCUUUCACAUGAACAAAUAAUACACUACCAAGCUGUCUAUUUACAUAAGCAUGUUCUGCUAAAAGACACUGGAUCCAUCGAAUCAAAGAAAGGGAAUGUUUACACAUCAAGUAGCUUGAUCCAAUAAAAAUACACGAUUACUUUACGUGAGAAGAAGGAACAAGUGACUCGCUUUGUAUUUGUCAUAAAAGGGCGGCCAUUGAAAGGAUUCCCAAUCAACAAGCAAGUGUUUCUCUUCCCUUUUUUUUUCCUUAUCUAAACACAAAACAUGAAUACCAAUUUAGCAGACAUUGUUGAAAAGAUUGCAAGUCAAGGAAAGAAUCCUGAUGUCUCCUUUUUAAAAGAUAAUCCAGAAGCUCAAACAAUGCUUCUUUUAGCCCUUUUAUCUAGCUCCAAUACUACUAACAAUAAUGAUAAGACCAAUAAUCAGCAAACCAACAAUAAUAAUCUCCCUACGCCAUUUGAUACACUUGUAAAUAUAUCUCCUUCUCCUUCUUCUAGCCCUACAAGCUUAUCCAAUAGUUCUAAACCAAAGCGAGUAGGUAGAAAACUAGUGACAAGUGAAGAAGAAGAUUCUGAUAACCCUAAAUCUAAAAGAAAAGCACAAAACCGAGCUGCACAAAGAGCUUUCAGAGAAAGAAAAGAAAAUCAUGUUCGAGUGUUGGAAGAAAGAGUCAAGGAUCUUGAAAAACAGCUUGAUUUACAAAACAAUACAUCUUUAGUUGUAGAAAACGAGCAACUGAAGAAUAUUGUGAAGCGUCUAAAAGAUGAGAAUGCUCGACUUUUGGGCCACACAGCCUCUUUUGACCUUCCACUAUCAAGCCAGACACAAGAUGGCGCAAGGCCGCAGAAAAUUGUUCGAUCUUCUUUUUCAUCCAAUAAUAAUUCGGAUGCAUCACCUGUGUCUCAUUUCGAUAGUCUAAGUAGCAAUUAUUCUACUAAUCAAUCUAGUCUGCCUUCCAAUGCCUUGAUUGAUCACUCUGAACUCUUGGGCUUAUCUGGUGAUCAACUCAAGAGUAGUGAUUAUAGUACUCAAUUGGACGACAUUCUCAAUCAACACAGAUUUCCUUUUACCACAGAUCCUUCUCAGUUUGAUUUCUUCUAUCCACUUCAUACUCAAGAUGCAUUGGAACCCACACCAGAAAAGAAGAACAUAGCUCAAACUUGGGACAAAAUCUCUGAACAUCCUCGCUUUGGUGAAUUUGACAUGGAUUCACUUUGUGAUGAAAUGAAAAGAAGGCUACUUGUGAAGAUACGAUCAGAUAAGAAUUGGAGAAAUAGUGAAUGAAAUUAUCCUGUUGAAUAAAGUAAAAGUAGAAAUACAUUUAUGAACUCAUCAAUGAAAUUCCCAUAAAGAUACAGGCAAGCGAUACAUAAGGACUCAGUCGUUCGCCUACUCGAGCUGCCUUCCAAAAUAACCAAGCACACCAGUCUUGUUCUUGUUCAACAAAGAAGGUGCUUGAGCUUUUACAUAUGUACAAGUGCAAUCAAGAGUAAAAUAACAAGAAGUAACGAUUGAAAGUUGAAGAUGGUACCAUUUGUUUGUAUACGCGUAGAAUA